GUUCGCAAACUAGUCUCUUGAUCGGACAAUGACAAACACCGCCCACUCGGUGAAACGACUGCUGAUACGCUUGACGUACAUCGCGACACCCGAUGCUAUAAGCUAGAGAGGUUGAUAAACUAAGGUAGCUUGGCUUUUGACAACUACUGUGUCGUCCGUCUUUCUUUUUUUUUUUUUUUUUUUUUCCUGUUUGGAUACAACCCUAAAACAGAGCGACCGUCCUGGCCCGCGUAGAGGACCCGCUUGCCAUUUUCUCGUAUUUGUCUGGGAUGUAUGGAUGGAUAUUUGACGGAAUCUCGUCGUUGUUUGAGCCCGCCACGGGGCAAGCUAAUAACGGGGAGCUGACGAGCACGCUAGCACGGCGGCGAGAGAGCCACGGCAGACCGGUCAAGAGGAACUACCAGAGUGUUGAUGCAGCUGACAGUGUUGGCCAGAGUGACCAUGUUGCAGCAAAAAGACGAAGGCGAGAUGUGGUGAUAAAUUUUGUCAAGAAGACCGUGGCCAGGGUUGCAAGUCUGCUGCGGUUUCGCAAACCUGUGAUAUCAAGUCCUGAUGAGCACGGACGCUAUAAGGACACACAGUCUGACACGCUGGGAAUCGAUGAGCUGCGCAUGCCGUGGCUGACGAGCCCUGACUGGAGAAUGGAUAAAACGGGGAUUGGAAUGAUCGAUAGGGCUACACCCAAGCCUUUCCAGGGCUCCUUGCUUCCUUUAACGAGAAAAUUCAGUGGGACCACAGUGUCUUCUGAGAGGAGAAGCUCCCUCCAACUGCUGCCUUCACGACCCGCUGUGAGUGUGGGAAUUCCCCAUACCGACCAGAAUUGUUGCAAUGGCUUUGGGCACAACCGCUACUCCAAGCCCAGCCUCACCGUUGAAGAGGCCAUAAAGCAGAACGACAAGGAGCGCUACAGGCGUCUGCUGGAGAUGGUGACAGAGAAAUACAGCAAAAGCCAACCGCUACCUUUCAAUCAAACAAAACCACAAGCUGCGUUGUUGUCCCACGGCGAACACACAGUGACAAGGAAACCCUUUGAGUCGGCACCCAGAAAGAUGCCAUACUCCCCUAACCCCAGCGUGGUCUCGUGGAGAAAUGCAUCUGUAAAUAAGAGCAGAUGGGGUUCCCUGCCUCUCAGCAAGUCUUACACAGGAAUACCGGACGACAGCCAGCAUGUCAGCUGUGCAAAGAAACCGGUAGCCGAGUUGGACCUCUCCACAGAAGUUGCCACUCGCCUCAACCUAGUGGACCGAGUGACUCCUGCGGUUGGCCCGGCGGGCGCGCACACACUCGCGGCACAUGUACGACACACCGAAGAUGAUAUACCCCGACUCACUAAGGAGAUGGCAACGGAGGUGUUCCGUGCUCUGGCUCAGAGUGACCCCAACUUGGUUUUGAGUGCCGCUUUCAAACUGCGCAUCACGCAGAGAGACUUGGCCACGCUUCAGGAAGGUGGCUGGCUCAACGACGAGGUGAUCAACUUCUACCUUUCCUUGGUCAUGGAGCAGUGCUCCGACCGGGCGGAGGGGGCGCGGGUGUACUCGUUUAGCACCUUCUUCUACCCCAAGCUCUGUGGCAGUCCGGGCGGGCGGGUUGGAGGGCACGCCGCAGUCAAGCGCUGGACCAAAGCCGUCGACAUCUUCCUGUACGACCUGGUGCUGGUCCCGCUGCACCUGGGCGUCCACUGGGCCUUAGCUGUGAUAGACUUGAAAGCAAAGACAGUGAAGUUGUACGACUCGAUGGGCCAAAGACAUGACGACAUUUGCGGUCUUCUGCUCCUCUACCUGAAGGAGGAGCACAGAGCAAAGAAAGGCAGAGAGCUGGACAGUGCCAAGUGGACCGUCGGCUGCAUGCGGCCCACUGAGAUUCCCCAGCAAAAGAAUUGCAGCGACUGUGGCGUGUUUGCGUGUAAAUACGCCCAAUACAUCGCUAAAGGAAGGCCGCUCACCUUCAGACAGUGGCACAUGCCUCUCUUCCGGAAGUUGAUGAUUUGGGAACUUGUACAUCAGAAGCUGCUAUAGCGAGUUCAUUGUGUCAACAUCAGACACCUGUGAAGGACUUAAAUUGUGAACGCACACAAUAUGUUGGCACAUAUUUGCCUGAUUAAUCUCUGAGUUGUAAUUGGAGACAUAAUUUGGAGACGCGCAACAAGCAUUGGCGUCUCUCUUAUUUUUUGUAAAAAGAUAUUUGUGUUGGAAGUACUGCCACAAGUGCCUUUCAAUGUUCUCACACUGAAACUGGAGCGAUUGACUGCAUACCGAGCUGUGUCAGGUCAGAUGUAAUAUGCAGGUCACUUCUGUUUUGUCACAGUCGAGACACUAAUUUAUUCAAGCAUUACUCCGCAAAAGUUGAAAGACAUGCAUGGUGACAUUAUUAUUUAUUUAUGACAUGACUGAAUGAGAGUUUAUAUUUUUGGGUUUUUCCCUGAUUAGUAGGCAACUAAGAGAUGUCGGCAAACUCUGCAUACAGUAUGUACUACAUAGCAAACUACUGUAUACAAGUGCAUGUUUAAGUUCAUGCUUUGAAAUGUGAUAUUUUCUUCCCCCUGAAAUAAAGUUUGUUAAUAUAACCUA